GAGUCGGAGCCAUGGACGCGCACCAGGAUGCGCGCUCCUCGGCCGUCGGUAUAAAACUGAAGCGCCAGGUUCCGUCAAAGCUCUACGCGAGGCAGGCCGUAGGCGCGCACCACUUUCGAGCUCUUCCAAUAAAGUGCCCAUCUAGCAGUAAAGAUGUACAGAACUACAAGGUCCCCAAUGAUGCAGCCGCUGGUCAACUCAGGAAUGGGCAUGGCUCCUUUCUUCAAGGCGACUGUGUUCGAGCAGGAGCAUUUCCAGGGCAAGUGCCUGGAGUUCACCUCCGAGUGCUGCAACAUUCAGGAUUGCGGACUGGACAACAUCCGCUCCAUCAGAGUGGAGAGCGGAGCCUGGGUGGGUUUCGAGCACCAUGACUUCCAGGGCCAGCAGUUCAUCCUGGAGAGAGGAGAGUACCCCCACUGGGACGCUUACAGUGGUUCCCUCUCCUACCACGUGGAGCGCCUCAUGUCACUGCGCCCCAUCUACUGUGCCUCCCACCAGAGUAGUCGCAUGGUCAUCUAUGAGAGGGAGAACUUCAUCGGCCGCAGUGUGGAGAUCUGUGACGACUACCCCUCUCUGCAGGCCAUGGGCUGGAUGAUGCCUGAAGUUGGCUCCAUGCACGUGCAGUGCGGCGCCUUCGUGUGCUACCAGCACCCCGGAUACAGGGGCCAGCAGUACAUCAUGGAGUGUGAGAGGCACAGCGGAGACUACCAGCACUGGAGGAACUGGGGGUCCCACUGUCAGACCCCCCAGAUCCAGUCCAUCAGGCGCAUCCAGCACUGA